CACCAAAUUUUUCUUUGCAGAGAUGCUGAAGAUGCAGUUUAUGGAAGGAAUGGUUAUGAUUAUGGCCAGUGUCGACUUCGUGUGGAGUUCCCCAGAGCUUAUGGAGGUCGGGGUGGGUGGCCCCGUGGUGGGAGGAAUGGACCUCCUACAAGAAGAUCUGAUUUCCGAGUUCUUGUUUCAGGACUUCCUCCCUCAGGAAGCUGGCAGGACCUGAAGGAUCACAUGCGAGAAGCUGGAGACGUCUGUUACGCAGAUGUGCAGAAGGAUGGAAUGGGGAUGGUUGAGUAUCUCAGAAAAGAAGACAUGGAGUAUGCCCUGCGUAAACUGGAUGACACCAAAUUCCGCUCUCAUGAGGGUGAAACUUCCUACAUCAGAGUUUAUCCAGAGAGAAGCACCAGCUAUGGCUACUCACGGUCUCGGUCUGGGUCAAGAGGCCGUGACUCUCCAUACCAAAGCAGGGGUUCCCCACACUACUUCUCUCCCUUCAGGCCCUACUGAAACAGGUGAUGGGGAUUUUUUUCUUUAUUUUUUUAGGUGAACUGAGCUGCAUUGUGCUCAGAAUUUACAUUCUAGAUUGAUGAUUUAGUGUCUUAGAAAAAUUUUUUAAUUUUUUUUAAAGGAAAUAAAAGUACAUAAUUUCUACCAGGGCCAUAUUAGCAGUGAAACAUUUUCAACUGCAGAAAUUGUGGUUUUGGUUCAGAAACAAGUUGUAUAUUUUUCACCCCUGAUUAUGGGGGGGAAAAAUCAGUGCUAUGUGUUUGUGGGUUGCUCUGCUAUGGAGAUCAGCAGUUACUGUGACUAAAUGGACCCAUUCUGUUUAGAAAUAUAUUUUAAAUGUUUCAUAAUU